UAAAAACUUGAAAACUUAAAAGUUCUGCACUCGGUUUUUAAGUAUUAUCAAAUUGGCUCUACAAAUAAUUUAAACUUAAAUUAGAUUAAACUGACUUUAAAAAACAAAGGCUAAACAAGAGCGGUUCUAGAAUUGACCCUUGUGGGACUCCGCAUGUCAUCGACGUCCACUUAGACUUAUGCUCUCCUAGACUCACAUAAUACCCUCUCUCUUCUAAGUAUGAUCUGAACCAUUUGUGUACCAUCCCAGAAAGCCCGACACAGUUUUCCAGUCUCUCUAAUAGUAUGUUAUGAUCGACAGUGUCAAAAGUAGGAAAAACAUGUUUAGUUAUUAUUGAUCAUAUAUUUAAUAACGCUAAUGUUUAUAAUAUCCUAAUAUCUACAUUCCUUAUAGUUGCACCUAUCAGAUUAGAGCUGGACGAUAACAUAUUUACAUUUUUUUUUCAUAGAUUCAUAUAUCCUGAUAUAAAAUGUGACAAAUCUGUGAAAAAUCUGUGAAAAUGAGUUUCAUGGUGAUUGUAUAUAAACCUCCUCUGAUCAAUUCAUCAUGUGUGUUUGAGCUUUUGAAUAUUUGAUUAUUAAUGAAAAGCUCUCUCUAAAAGCAAGGUCACUGACAUCCAGAUCAGAUGUGUGCAUAUGAGGCUGUGUUGUUUGUGUCUGGCUCUCAUUAUGAUUGUGAAUCUCUUAAUUGGCUGUAACUGCUCAGUGUCAGAGAAACAGACGCCAGUGACUAACAGCUCUCUCUCUCUCUCUCUGUCUCUCUCUCUCUCUCUCUCGCUCUCUCUCUCUCUCUCUCUCUCUCUCUCUCUCUCUGUCUCUCUCUCUCUCUCUCUCUCUCUCUCUCUCUAUCUCUCGUUCUCUCUCUCUCUCUGUCUCUCUCUCUCUCUCUCUGUCUGUCUCACUCCCUCUCUCCUCCGCGUGCACACGGAUGACGGAUGAUGAUGAUGCUGCUGCCAUGGCAACAGACCUUCACGCGCUCACACAUUGAUUUCAUAUUUAUUUAAUAACACGUUCUUCCUUCCGUCACGCGGGAUCCGGAAUCCGUCGCUGCGAGCGCGUGAGGCUCAACAAGUGACAGAGAUGAACGCGAAGGAGCGACGCGACGCGCCUGAUUCUCCUGUUGAUGAUGAUGAUGCACCUUCACGUGUCUGACUGACCUGUGUGUGUGUGUGUGUGUGUGUGUGUGUAUGUGUGUGAGAGAGGUUUUCGUUUUUAUAUAAGCGCGUCUGCUGAUCGCGACACAUCACCGUAACAACCAGAGGCGGGAAUCACCGGAUCACGGAGAUGCUGGCCGGUGUCGGGGCGUCAAGGACACGGAGAAAUGAGGAGAAAUGACGGACGGCACGUGAAGAGGAGCGCGUCAAGGACGAACGGAGCGUCGAUUCAAGGGCGUUCGAACGCGAUGAGGAGCCGUCGGAGGGCAGCGCGGCGCGGUGGAGCGAGGCGUCCUCCGGAGGAAGCGUGAAGGAGAAACGCGCUGAGGUCAAACCCACUGUGAGCUCGUUCUGACCGAACAGUGUUUGUCUUAGAGAAGAGCAACAACAGGUUUGUGUGUGUGUGUGUGUGUGUGUGUGUGUGUGUGUGUGUGCGUGCGCGUGCUGGCAUGGAUGGUGGCACCGGGGCUUCCGCGCGGAACGGAGACUCUAAGCGGCGCAGUAAGAGCAGCCUGCCGUCUCCCGGUUACCGUCUCUCCCAAGCGUCUCUGGAGGGAGACAGCCGCCCUUCCAUCAUGAGCUCCACUCGUGAAAACGGCCCGUUUCGACCGGGCACCACCUCCGGAACCCCGACCACCCCUCAGACGCACGCCGGUUCCGUGCAGCGCUCCGUGGGUUUCGCCUCCCGAGCCGCUCUGGCGUCCUCCUCCUCCUCCGGCACCGGGAUGGUCGUGAUCGCCGCCGGACCCGAGACCACCACCACGGCGGCCGGGAGCCCUGAGGCCGGUCCGGUGCUGGACGGUGAGGACUACAGCUACUCGAACCAGUCCACCUUCAUCCAGAGGCAGUUCGGAGCCAUGCUGCAGCCAGGGGUCAACAAGUUCUCGCUCCGCAUGUUGGGCAGCCACAAGGCCGUGGCUCUGGAGCAGGAGAGACUCCGAUCAGCCGGAGCCUGGAUCAUACACCCCUACAGCGACUUCAGAGUGUAUGCGUUACUGGAGAUGUCUCCGAGCAGGUUCUGCUGGGAUCUCCUCAUGCUGCUGCUGAUGGUGGGAAACCUCAUCGUCCUCCCGGUGGGAAUCACCUUCUUUAAGGAUGAGAACACUCCUCCAUGGAUCAUCUUCAAUGUGGUGUCGGACACACUCUUCCUGGUGGAUCUGGUGCUGAACUUCCGCACCGGGAUCGUGAAAGAGGACAGUACGGAGAUCCUGCUGGACCCCAAGGCCAUCCGCCAGCGCUAUCUGAAGAGCUGGUUCCUCGUGGACUUCGUGUCCUCCAUCCCCGUGGAUUACAUCUUCCUGAUGGUGGACCUGGAAGCUCACCUGGACUCAGAGGUGUACCGGACGGCCCGAGCCCUGCGGAUCGUUCGAUUCACUAAGAUCCUGAGUCUGCUGCGCCUGCUGCGUCUGUCUCGACUCAUACGCUACAUCCACCAGUGGGAGGAGAUCUUCCACAUGACCUAUGACCUGGCCAGUGCGAUGGUGCGGAUCGUCAAUCUGAUCGGGAUGAUGCUGCUGCUGUGUCACUGGGACGGAUGUCUGCAGUUCCUGGUGCCGAUGCUGCAGGACUUCCCCCCCGACUGCUGGGUCUCCAUAAACAACAUGGUGAAUGACACGUGGGGCAUCCAAUACACGUACGCACUGUUUAAGGCCAUGAGCCACAUGCUGUGCAUCGGUUAUGGUGCUCAGGCUCCAGAGGGAAUGACGGACGUCUGGCUCACGAUGCUCAGUAUGAUCGUGGGUGCGACCUGCUACGCCAUGUUCAUCGGCCACGCCACGGCCCUCAUCCAGUCCCUGGACUCCUCACGCCGACAGUACCAGGAGAAGUAUAAGCAGGUGGAGCAGUACAUGUCUUUCCAUAAGCUUCCAGCAGAUGUCAGGCAGAAGAUCCAUGAGUAUUAUGAACAUCGAUACCAGGGCAAGAUGUUUGACGAGGAUAACAUUCUGGGAGAGCUGAGCGAGCCCUUAAAGGAGGAAAUUGUUAGCUUCAACUGCCGAAGCUUGGUGGCUAACAUGCCUCUCUUCGCUAACGCCGACCCAAACUUUGUAACGGCAGUGCUAACGAAGCUGAAGUUUGAGGUGUUCCAGCCCCAUGACUUCAUUAUUCGUGAGGGAACUGUCGGUCGUAAAAUGUAUUUCAUCCAGCAUGGACGGGUCAGUGUACUAACUCGUGGCAACAAGGAGACCAAGCUCAGCGAUGGGUCAUACUUUGGAGAGAUCUGUCUGUUGACACGAGGCAGGAGGACAGCAAGUGUCCUAGCAGAUACAUACUGUCGACUUUACUCCCUCAGUGUGGACAGUUUCAAUGAGGUUCUGGAAGAGCAUCCCAUGAUGAGACGGGCCUUCGAGACGGUGGCAGCAGACAGACUCGAUCGCAUCGGUAAGAAGAACUCAAUUUUGUUGCGUAAGACCUCACAGGGAGGCUCUGUAGCAGGCAGCAGUUUGGGACGGGGUGGAGGGAGCCGCGGAGGAGGAGCAGGAGGUGCCAGUCUGGGUUCUUGUGACAGUGUCUUGAUCCAGCAGAUCGUGAAGCACGAUAGCAUGCCGACCAUGCAGGACAUCACUGCUGGCACCCGAGGCAGCACGGGAGGCACGGUCUCACCCCGACCUCAUCCAGUGAUCUGGGCACCGCUGGUCCACGCUCCCCUGCAGACGGCCGCUGCCACCACCAAUGUGGCCAUUGCUUUGAUGCAGCAGCAGCAGCAGCAGCAACAGUUGCAGCAACAGUUACAACAGCAACACUCCCUUGGAGCUGCCAUCUUCCUUCCCUCCGCUUUUUCAAUCUCGCCAUCACCCUCAUCCUGCCCACUUUCUCCUCCCCGUCCACCUAUAUUACAUCCUCGGCAGUCGCUCAGCUCCCUCAUGAGCGUAAUGGGUGGGAUACCCCCACGAGGAGUCCCGCCUUCUGUAACUCCUACACCCUCGCCCUCCACUAUUGGACCGACCAUGGUGGGCAUGGCUCCUUCAGGAGGUGGAGUUGCAAAAACUCCUCCUACUCCUGCCUCAUCAGUGCCUACCCCGCUGCAGGCUGGAAGAGCACUUCAUCACAGUCUCCGCCUCCACAUGGAGCCCACAGCAUCACCUGUCCAUAAAGUCCCUCCUCCAUCUUCAGCAGUGGCGGCGAUGUCCGUCGAAGGGCGCAAUGUUGGCUCUGCUCCGCAGGGGGCCAAAGAGGCUUUGCUGCGUCAUGUUGGAGGAGGCAGCACCCAGGGCCUCCCCAUGAUUGGUCGGCUUACCCAGGAGGCCAGACUACUCUCCGCCUCCCAGCCGACUCUGCCCCACCGCAGCUGGGCGAGUGUGCAGCCUCACCCGCCUCUCCAUCGUAAAGCAUCUGGAGGAAACCUACUUCCGGCACCCUUCCUUUUGUCGUCAGGACUUGCUAGAGGAGGAAGCGCAGGUGUUUUAAGCUCAAACACGCCUGGUGCCACACAGGCAUCGACACAAACACCCCUGCUAUUAGCACACACACCUCCACUCACAUCAGCUCCAGGAUCAGCUCCGUCACCCCUUGUCCCCUUCUUGUUCUCCCCGAAGCAAAACCCUCUAUGUUCCGCCAACCCUCCUUUAUCUCUCACGGCCACAUCUUGUGGUCUAGGGGUUCCUCAAACCCAACGUGCCAAAUCAGGCAAUAUAAUACCUACUCCUCCUUCAACCUCUCCCCCUCCUUACCUACGCCCUCCUUCUCCCUCUCAGUCCACCUCCACCUCUCCAACUUCAUCUUCCGGCACCUCUUUGGCUCAGAAUUCCCGUACCAGACCCUCUCAGACGCCUCCACCACCGUCCCCAUUAUCCUGCACCACCAACUCAACACCCAACAUCACUCCUUCUCAGACCACCACCCCAACUCGAACCCCAACCCCUGUUCAAACCCCUGUUCAGACCCCCACCCAAUCUAGAACACCAAUGGCCAUCCAAACCCAAUCCCAAGGUCGUUGUCCAACUCCUGUCCAGAUCGCAGCAUCUGCACAAACUCCGGCCUCUGUUCAUAGUCCGCUUCCUGCCCAGACACAAAGUAAACCUAUGAGUUCCAUCCUGAGCCAGAGCUCUGCUAUCCAGAUGCCAGCCACUGCCCAGGUCCUUGGUUCUCCUUCGACUUGUUCUGCAGUCUCCAUUCAAACCCAAACCUCAACUACCAUACAGACUCAGAGCUCUUCCUGGACCCCAGGCUCUCCCAUCAAUACCCCAGCCCAAAGUAGACCUUCAACCCCUGUUCUGACCCAAUCGCAAACACAAGCCACACCUGCUAAAGCCCCUGCUGCCGCACCAUCACCUUCUCCCUCAUCAACUCCAUCUCCAGCUGCUUCACAGCCACAGAAGCCUGCUGCUAGCCAGACUCAGCCCUUUAACAUUCUGUCCACUCCAACCUUAAGUCCAUCUCACAUUCCUGCUUCCACUGCCUCGUCAUCUACAGACCCCCAGUUUAUCUCCACUUCAACAAAAGAGGCAAAGUAAGAGCAGGACUUGCCUCAGACGCAGAGAUAUUUAGAUAAAAAGAGACAGAAAUAUCCUGCUAACAUGUGAGGAGGAUGCUGGAUGCUGAACAGAGGAUCAUAGUUUAUCCGUAGUGAGUUUAGGAGAUGAGAUAUCACCAGUCAGCUGUAUCAGUGAAGGCUCUGCAGAUUCCAUCAGCGUGUUGUCUAGAUUUGAGCCUCCCUGUGGUGGUCUGUAGUCUUGACCAUGGGAAGGUUUAACAUCCCUGACUAUACAUCUAAACAAGGUAAUAACAAAAGAGCAGAACAUGAUUGGCUCAAAAGUAGAACUAGAGUCUCUGCAUUAUCUGGGUCAUCUGGGCAUGUCAGGUAGACUGUUUUUGUAGUCCUGCUGAAAAGACCCGACUGAAUUGCUGCGGUCUGUCUGGUGAACCAAUGUAUUCAUGCUGAUCACCAGCAAAACAUGCAAGAUACAGUGGAUUCCAACCCUGCUUGUGGAGCCACAAACACUGCACAUUCUGCAUGUUUCACACCUGAUUCAGGUCAUCAGCUCUUUAGUAGAGACCCCAACACCUGAAAUGGGUGUAUCAGACAAAGUAGACAUUGAAAAUGUGCAGUGUUUGGGAACUUCUGGAAACAGGCAUAGGUAUCACUCUGCAAGAGAACCAGCAUGAUCUUUCUACAGAGGCCCAAACUGAUACUUGAGCGUAAACACUGGUCUGUUCAAUAGGGAUCUGGUGAAUGCUUUUACAUUUUUAACAGAAUUCUUUGCCAAAAAUGUCUUAAACAAAGGUAACAACUGCAAAUCUGCCACUACUUUAAGAUGCAUUUGCACAGCCUUGUUAAAAGUAAAAAAAAAUCAGAACACCAGAACGUUUUUAUAAGAUCAAAACCAUUCUAGACAUAUCUAGAAGAGAGAAGAUUCGACAGAACGAAUCUGUGUGGAUUUAGUGUACACUGCCUGUAAACUAUAAAUGGUGCAUUAUACAUAGUGUGUUAAGCAGAAAAAUAAUUUCUACAUGAAAAACAGAAACUGCAAUUUAAACCAGCUUUGUGUACUGUGUUUUGUAAUUCUCUUUGUCAAACCGUUAGCCAGUGAUGACCUGAUCAGUAUGCAGAUCAAAAGAAUUCAAAUCUCACCGACUUGAGACGGAAUUGAAAAAUGAACAAAGGAGAUAUUUAGGGAAUCAAAUGAUGAAGCAAUGCUACAGGAUUUCUUGUGUAAAUUGAUUUUGGCUUUAUAUUCACAUAGGGAAAUAACUUUUGUUGCUAUGGUGAGUUUCCAUGUGGUGCUUCCAUUGAUGCAGGAAUAUAUGUGGAUUCCCUAAAGGGACAAAGUGAUGGAACAAAUUGAGAUUACAUUUAAUGUUAUUUUACUGAUGGCCAGGGUCAGCAUGCUCAGAAACCUCACAACCAGAGUCUGCAUAAACUGACUGAUGUUAAUAUCUGAAAAUAUCACCCUUGAUUUCCAGCUUCUCCCCUCUCUUCUCUUUAGUAAUCACCAAAGUGUAACAUUUGCCCAUUAUAUAACUAAUAAUUAGCAUCACACAUGUGACUAUACUUAUUUAAAUAACUGUAAAGAAUAUAUAUAUAUAUAUAUAUAUAUACAUAUAUAUAUAUAUAUAUAUAUAUAUACAAUUCUUUUGAUAAAAAAUAGAAGACCGUUAGUAGUUUGUCGUCUCAGGUGUUUGAUGUUAGUUUUGGACAAUGACUUAAACGUUCAUAUUCUCACUCUGCUGUAGCUGAACUAGUGUUUUGUUUUGAGUGUGUGUUGCACUAAACAGCGAGCGCACAGCAGUGCUUUAGUUUCUCCGUGAGCGUGUCUGCUUCUCUCUGUCCGUUAGUGUCACCACACACAUCCGACGCUUCAUGGUCUUUCAUCUGGACCAGAUCUGCUUUCAUCUUUCUCUUGCUCUCGUACUGUAGCCGCUUCCCUUCAGUGACACACACACACACACACACACACACACACCCCCCUCUCAGUAUGAAACUGUCAUGUCGUGCCCAGUGCUGUUCCUUAGUGUUUUGUGCCGAUGGUGAGAUUAUGACUAAUUUCCCCUUCAAUACCAUGAUGCCUAGAUUGCACAUUUAAGGACCAAAUGUUUAUUUUUAUUUGUUCUCACAGCUUUAGCUUUUGAGAAAAAAGAAAUAAUAGUCUAUGAUGAUAAAUACAAUGACAUAUAAAGGCCAGUUCACACUGCCCUGACAGACACUGACAAACACACACUGUAGCUGGGUUUGCUUGUUAUCAUUCUGUGUCUGUUGCUGUUGGUUGGUGCUUGUUUUUGCCGAUUGAGUCUGUGUUUACUGGUCCCUGGGAUGUGAUGUACUCGGUCAGCUGCCGGUGUGGUGUGAACUGGCCUUAAACAAAUAAUGAAGAACAUGUGAAAAAUGAUUUUUGCCAAAUCAGAAUAAAGUGAAUUUAGAAUCA